AUGGAAAUGUCAACUCGAGGUGUAAAUACUCGUCUAUUCGUUCCACAAGAUGAAAACAAGAAAAUUGUUGAUCCUAUUAUUGAAUAUACAAAUGUCCCACUUGUUUCACUUAUUGAAUCAUGUCUACCUUUAGUUAAUAUUAUUCAUAAUAUAUUAGAAUAUGCUUCAACUGCAAUAGAUAAUACUCCAAGUGAACCACCUAAUAGAUUAACACAUAAUGAAUCAGCAGCAAUUCGUCUUUAUACAAUGGAAUGGCCUAUUAAACAUGAUAGUUUAUAUUCAAUUCUUAAUUUUACUUUAAAAAAUAAUCUUGAUCGAAAAGAAUUAAAACCUUGGUAUUCAUAUUUGAAAUUAUUUUUAACAGGUUUAGCUAAAAUUCCAUGUAUGCCUGUUCAAACAGUAUGGCGUGGUGUACGAUUAAAUAUACGUGAUCAAUUUGAAAUUGUAAAUCCAGUUAUUUGGUGGUCAUUUUCAUCAUGUACAACAAUGUUAACUGUAUUAGAAAAUGAUAUGUAUUUAGGUAAAAAUGGUGAACGAACACUUUUAUCUAUUGAAAUUGUAAAUGGAAGAAAUAUAAAUGAUCAUUCAUAUUUUCCAAAUGAAGAAGAAGCUAUUUUAUUACCAGGUACAUAUAUGGAAGUUCAAUCACAAUUUAAUCCAGCAUCUGAUCUUUAUGUUGUUCAUUUAAAGCAAAAAGUACCAAAAGAUAUUUUACUGGCACUUCCAUUUCAAGAUGCACGUAUUUAUCCUAAACAAGAAUCUCGAUGGUAUCGCAAAAAAAGAUAUCUUAUACCAACAAUCAUAUUGACUUUGAUAUUUAUUGCAGCAAUCAUUGUUGGUUCGAUUUUAGGAACAAGAUCUAAAAAUGAAACAAUAUCAAAUACAACAAUCAUAAAAACAAAUCUAUGUAAAAAUCCUUUUACAAUUUCAAAAGUUUAUAAGACUGGUAAUAGUUCAUUAGCUGUUACAGCGGGUAAUUUCAAUAAUAGAGGAAUGCUUGAUCUUGCAGUGAUGAAUUACAUCGAUAACGAUAUUACCAUACUUAGUAAUGAUGGAAAUGGAACAUUUAUUAGUGAAAUAAAGUAUUCAGUUGGUCGAAAACCAGGUCCUCUUGUAUCAGGUGAUUUUAAUAAUGAUGGAGUAUUAGAUUUAAUCGUAGGCAGUGAAAAUGCUCCGUUUCUAAUUAUAUUUCUUGGUGAUAAUUAUGGAUCAUUUCAUCCUCCAAAGAAUCUUACAAUUGAAUAUCCUGUUUUUUUAUUACUAGUAGAUGAUUUUAAUAAUGAUAAUAAAGUAGAUCUUAUAAUACUUCCUCAACCAAGUUAUACGUUGACUGUAAUGCUUGGAAUGGGUGAUGGAGCAUUUCAGUUUCUAAUGAAUUAUACAAUUGGCUCUUAUGUAACAUCGAUUGUGUCAAGUGAUUUUAAUAAUGAUGGAAAAUUGGAUCUUGUUAUUGUCCUUGUUGAAGAUAACACUAUAGGUAUAUUAUUUGGACAGGGCAAUGCAACAUUUGAUUCACAUAUAAUAUCUAAAGUUUAUAAAGAACCGUAUGCGGCAACCACAGGUGAUUUUAAUAAAGAUGGUAUGUUAGAUAUUGCAUUGGCGCAUGUCGAUGGUAAGAUAGUUACUGUAUUAUUUGGGAAUAAUAGUGGAUUAUUUAAGACAAAUGCUAAUUAUACUGUUGGAAAAAAUUCUAUGGGAAUAAUUUCAAAUGAUUUUAAUAAUGAUAGUAUAUUAGAUUUAAUUGUAUGUAAUAGAGAUAGUCAAGAUGGAAAUGUACUAAUUGGAAAUAAAAAUGGAAGUUUUAAAAAUGGAAUUCGAUUUGAACUUGCAAUCGCUUUAUACUGUUUUAUAUCAGGUGAUUUCAAUAAUGAUGGUAUAUUGGAUGUAGCAAUGCCAGAUUCUAUUGGUAAGACUAUCCAUUUACUUUUGGGUAAUGGAAUUGGAGCAUUUCAAAAUGAAAUAAUACAAUUUGAAUUAAAUCAAUAUCCACUUCAACUAAUAUCGGGUUAUUUUAAUAAUGAUCAUAAUCUAGAUUUAAUAGUAGUAACUGUUACUAGCUUCGACAAUGAAUUACUUGACCAAAGCAUCAAUCUAAUACUUGGCUAUGGAAAUGGUAAUUUUUAUAGUCAAAGAAGGUUUAUGGUUGGUCAUAGACCACGAUCUAUUCUAUCAGGGGAUUUUAAUUAUGAUGGAAAACAAGAUCUUGUUGUAACUAAUAGUGAAGAUAAUACUAUUAGUCUUUUACUUGGCUUUGGAAAUGGUGUAUUUCAUAAUCAAACAACAUUUCCUGUUGGAAAAUUUCCAACAACAAUGAUAUCAAAUGAUUUUAAUAAUGAUAAAAAACUUGAUCUAGUAGUACACAAUGUGUUUAAUUAUUCUGUGAGUUUACUACUUGGUAUAGAAAAUCGAAUCUUUCAAAUUCAACAAAUAUUUAAUAUUGAUGAAUCUUCAUCAUUAUGCAUUUCAGAUGAUUUUAACAAUGAUACAAAGCCUGAUCUUGCAAUGACUAAUACACAGUAUCAUACUGUAGAAAUAUAUCUUGGGAAUAAUAAUGGAAGUUUUCAAAAUAAAAUAAGUUCUCCUACUGAUAAAUUUCCAGUUUUUUUAACAGCAGCUGAUUUUAAUGGUGAUAAAAUACUUGAUUUAGCAGUGGCUCAUGGUAAUAUAGCCAGAACAAAUAUCAGUAUUGUACUUGGAAAUGGUAAUGGUUCAUUUCGUUUUUUUACACGCUAUAUCAUUUGUGAUUAUCUUUUAAUGAUUACAUCAAAUGAUUUUAACAAUGAUCAAAUAAUAGAUUUAAUAGUAUUGUGUAGUUUUGAAAAAUUUAUAAUUUUACUAGUUGGAAAUGGUGAUGGGACGUUUACAAAUCACAAAAAGUAUCCACUUAACAAUGAUGCAAUGUUUGCAAUAUCAGGUGAUUUUAAUAACGAUACUAAAAUGGAUCUAGCUGUUACUAAUAGAGAUUCUGUUAAUGUUUUUCUUAAUUCAUGUGAAUAA